AUGCUUUCGCUAAAGGAGGAGUGCCUCCACCCCAAGACAGGAAAGCCAUACAUUGUUUCGAGUACAGGAGGGAAGGAGUGUUCUGUGGAGGGAAUGCAGAACGGCAUUACGCAUGUCUUCGUCGUCGAGUUCGCAUCUGUCGAGGAUCGCGACUAUUACGCGAAGGAAGACCCGAAACACCUUGCUUUCGGUACAAGUCUGGGUCCUAUCGUCGCACAAGUACAGGUGGUGGACAUCGAAAAUGGUGUUUCCUGA